AAGAUAUCCAUGCCUCCAUCACUAACUUUGCUUAUCGAUAAAUGGAAUCAAAAAAGCGGCAAUUUACCCAGAAAUUUAGUUAGUCUUAUUAAAUUAAAGAAAACUAACUAAUAAAACAAGUAUCCUGCAAAAUGGCACUCGUUGACUAUGGCUCCAGCAGUUCCUCUACCUCUGAAGACGAAGGCUCCUCCAAUACAGCUCUCACAGAUAUUCUAAGCAGUCUCAAAAGACCCGCCUUGCCCACAGCUGCCGCCCUCUUGGGCCCCAAGAAACCCAAACCCGAGGAGUUCGUCGACGAUGUAGUUGAUGAUCCGGCUCUACACGGUGGACGCAUCCGGACAUUCAAACACGAGCGUGGAAACUGGGCCACCUACGUCUAUGUACCGGCAACUGCGUGUGCCGAGCAACUGGAGGAGUUCCAGACAGAAGCUAUGGAGCAUUUGGACUCUGAAGUUAAGCUGCAACCCAAUGAGGCGCUGCAUCUCAGCUUGAGUCGAACAGUGGUGCUGCAAUACCAUCAGAUUGACGAGUUUUCACGAUCCUUGCAAACGGCACUCAACAGCUCCACGGGCUUUAACGCCACCUUGCAAGGCCUCCGUAUCUACACAAACGACGAGCGAACAAGGACGUUCGUCUCAGCCCUAUUGGACGCCGCAUUUGCGGAGAAGAUGUCUGCCAUCCUUCAGCCCAUCGACCAGGUGAUGCUUGACUACCGGCUGCAGCAGUUCUACAAUCCGGCCUCGUUCCAUGUCAGUCUCCUGUGGUGCGUGGGCGAUAAGGAGGAGUUGCUUAAUAGCAAGCUCAAUAAGUUGCAGCAGUUGCUCGACGACCAGGACACGCUCCCAUUGCCUGUUCAUGAAGUGCACUUGAAAUGUGGGAAAAAGGAUUUCACUUACAAGCUAAGAUAAAAACUCUAUGGUGUAUCUGAUGAAGUCAAAAGUAAGCAAUAAUUACUAUUUUUACUCCAAUAUCAUAUUUUCCCCUUAUGGACUAUAACUAUAACUUUGUUUUAAUAUUUAAAAAUGUACGGUUACCCUUCAGUUCAGACCCUUCUUUUUGUUACCAUUGCCCUGCUUGGCGGCCUGAGCCUGCUCCUCCAACAAACGCUCCUCCUCCAACUCCAGAAACCGCUGACGACGACGACCUAGAGGCGUCUUGGACCACCAGGACUCGAAGGCUUCCUCCUCCUCCCGGUAUACGGGAUCCCGAGAGCUUUAAGCAGAAAACUUGAGCGUUUAGGAAUUUUUUAAUCAAAUCUUUCUCACCAGAGGACAUUGAUGAGCUCGGCAUUGGUCAGCGGCUGAGUGCGUAGCUGAAGCUUCCUCUUACAGGUCAUCACCUCCUUCAGACAAGCAUCGAUGGCUCCAAUGGUAUAACCAUCAGAUAUCUUGGCCAUGGCGCUAGUGUCCAGGUUGGAGAUGCCACCGGAAUAUUCGCUGUGGAAAAAAC